AUGGACGAUCUGACAGCUUACUAUAAUCCUCCAAUUCACCACCCAUACUACCAACCUCCACCCCCUCCUCCGCCGCCGGGGGCGGCGCAUCCACCUCCUCCUACUGUGGUGGCUCAGCCACUUCUCCACCACCAGCAGUAUCAACCCCAAUUCAUCACCUAUGCUCCCCCGGUCUACCCCCAGUCCUCGCACGACCAGCUCCGCACGCUCUUUGUUGCAGGACUCCCCGAAGACGUUAAGCCUCGAGAGAUUUACAAUCUCUUCCGCGAAUUCCCUGGAUACGAGUCCUCUCAUCUUCGGCCCCCUACCUCGUCUAAUAACCAGCCUUUUGCUUUUGCAACUUUUGUGGAUCAACAAUCAGCAGUCUUGGCAUUACAUGCUUUGAAUGGGAUGGUAUUUGACCUUGAGAAGGGCUCUACCUUAUAUAUUGAUCUUGCAAAAUCUAAUUCUAGAACGAAGCGCUUGAGAGCAGAUGAUGACACACCUGGUUCAGAAAAGAAGCUAAAAGGAUCUGCUGCUUUUUCUAGGGACGCUAAUCCUGGUGUUGGCAGCGUUCACGUGCCUGGAAUGAGUAAUUCUGCUUACAACACGAUUGGUUAUUCAUCCACACAAAGUUAUGGAAACACUGGUGGCGGAACAGUGAAGGACGCUACUGCAAAAUCGAACAAUCCUCCUUGCCCCACACUCUUUGUGGCUAAUCUGGGUCCAACCUGCUCAGAACAGGAACUGAUCCAAGUAUUUUCAAGAUGUCGUGGAUUUAUAAAAUUGAAGAUGCAGAGCACCUAUGGAGCUCCUGUUUCAUUUGUUGACUUUCAGGAUACUGCCAGUUCAACUGAAGCACUAAAUCAUCUACAAGGCACUAUUCUCUACUCUUCACCAUCUGGUGAGGGGAUGCGGCUGGAGUAUGCAAAGUCACGGAUGGGAAUGCGCAGUAAGAAGUCAAGGUGA